AUGCCGCCAUCCAAGAAAGACAAUCGCGCCAAACGCUCUGCCAGCUCAGAGCUGGGCAAAGGCGAUUGGGCCACCGACUACAACUCAAAAGGACGAGCCAUUCGAAAAUGCCGCACAGCACGAAAGACGGAUGAAUCACCCUUUGAGGACUCUGCCAUCGCGAUCAGCGAUUCAGAGCUUGACGAUAUGGACGAUGAAGACGAUGGCAAUGACAGCGACAUUGUCACGGUGGCUCCCAUUCGGAAGAAGAAGCGCACUCGGUCACCUUCACCAGAACUUCGUCUCGACUCGGAGGACGACACGGGGAUGAUGUCCGAUUCCUCAAUGUCUGACACUAUGACGGCUCCGACUGCACCUACCAAAACCGGCCAUACUACAUUUCACCUCACGAUCAACAUUCCGACUGAUCAGCAAGGUCCCAUCACGUUGCAUCUGGAUCCGAAGCAGUAUCUGUCUUGCGGCAUGCCGUCUGGUAACACGUCGGAUCGUCUUGUGCAAAGCAACAUGGCAAGAUUGAAUGCUCGCUCCAAGUCGAAGAAGUCCAAAUAUCGCGGCUUCCUGGACCUCCCUGCGGAAUUGCGCAACGAAUGCUACCGCUACAUCUUCGUCUCCACGAAAGUGAUCAACUUCUCUACUGCCGACAACUUCUCGCGCAGUUCUGCCAUCCUCCGCACAUGCCAUCAGGUUCACGAAGAAGGUCGCUCAAUCCUCUACUCGGAGAACCACUUUCAUAUCGAACGCCGCGCUCGACGCUAUGGUAGUUUCUGGGAGAAGGAGUGGCGCGAGCUAGGCUUCCUUCCCGCCCGCAAAUUUCUCAAGUCCAUUGGCCAGACCAACUCUGCCCUGCUUCGGAACGUGACCUUCAUGCUCGAAGACGCCACGCCUUCCCUCAGUCCUGCUACGCACACUCCCGAAGAACGCCGCUUUGUGCACGACGACGAUUUGAUGUCUGUCCUGCGUCAUCUAGCGGACCACUGCAAUCUUCAGACUCUGAAGCUGCACUUUCACGGCCGGCGGAAGGUGGAGAACACCGAUGAUCGAUUCUUGGAGUAUCUGAAAUUGGUCCGGGCCGAUGAAGUCGAGUUUGUCAAGUGGCCACCGGAGCCGGCGUGGCGCCCGAUAGAAUCGAAACAGGACCAGCGGGUCAAGUUGAGCUUGCUCGAAUGCUGCACGAGGAAGAGGAAGAAGUUUGCAACGAAGUGA